AUGGCCGAAGAGGACGCGCGUGGCAGCGAGCGCAAGGAGAGCCGCGAGCGCAAGAGCAGCCGCAAGGACAAGGAACGCAAGAGCAGUCGGCGCGACAGAGAUGAUGACCGCGACAGGGAUCGCCGCCGCCGGUCGCGGAGCUACUCGCCGCGCCAUCGCUCGUCGCGCAGCCGCCGGUCGCGCUCUCGUUCGUCGCGACGCGACCGCGAUCGCCAUGACCGCCGCAGCCGUCGGUCGCGCAGCCGGUCGCCGCGCCGCUCCCGCCGCAGCCGCAGCCGUAGCCCGCGCCGCCGGUCCCGUGACAAGUCGGGCUCGAACGACCGCAAGCCCGAG